GUAAUUCGUGAGUUUUAUGAUAAAUAUGAGAGCAUUUUGACACAAAAGAUUUCAAACUAUGUAAGCUCCGUGACUUAAUUCAUAGGUUUUUUUUUUACCUAGAAUAAAAAUGAAAUCAUAUAGAUUCUUUAUUAAAAACAUGAUAUUAUUAAGUUUGUGUGUUGGUGUAGGUGAUUCCUUCAUUGGAAGAUAUGUACGGCGAAGAGUUCAUGAUUGAAAUUGUGAUACAAUGGACAGAGCUAGAACAAUACAAAAGAUAUCUUCAGAUAAUAUUUGCUCGUGUGGAGAAAGUUGCAGCGCAUUUACAUCUAGAAAAUCAUUCAUUGAUUGAUAUUUGUAAAACCCAAUUCUGUGACAGGGUCUGGGAUAGGUUCCACACUGAAAUCGACUUUUCGGUAACUAAGAUGAAGGAGGCAGGGGUGUUUAGCAAUGAAAAUCCAUUGAAGAAUGACCUGAUUCAAUUCUUCACUGACAUGGAGAAAGUACGUCCCAAUGAACGAUUUCAGACGACUUAUGAUAUUGUCAAACAGCAGUAGAAUUUCGAUCAUGCCCAAAAUUAUUGAAGAUUUCGUUGGAUUUUAUAUAUGAUUAUGAUAAUUUUAUAAUGAUGAUGAUUUUAUA